GAUUGCCGAGCCAAGGGCGUGGGCAGAUGCAAACAGGCGGGAGCAGCAACUCCAUCAAGAAAUCCUACAAACCCGCGAGACUCGGAGUCGGCACCGUCCUCUACCCCACGUCUUUGUGGAUUUGCGGGAUGCGGCACGCAGACGCGAUGUUGAGUGGGAUGACGGCGGACACGGGGCAUGCGCUGACCUUGAGAGGGGUCAUGGGGUCUUUUAUCGCCGUCUCCUUUUGUCAGUACUAGCUUCGACAAACGCUUGCCUUUGCCAGAGAAUUGUCUCGGUUGAGAAACUGCAGGUUGUGUGACUGUGACUGCUCAAGUAACAAUGAGGUUUCGUGACGGACAAUGGCUUGUUGCCGAGGGCGUGCGGAUCGAGUAUGCGGAGGAGGUGUACCGCAUUACCCCAACGGCUUCUGGCAAGGGUAUCAGCCUCCUGUGCCCGACGCGCAAGAUUAUGACGCGCGGCGACACGCUGAAUCUCAGUACUCUCAGCAUUGACGUGGAAGCCGCCUUUGACGGUGUCAUUUCAGUUGAGACAACCCAUUGGCAGGGCGCUGUUCGUCGCGGCCCUGACUUCGAGCUCUUCCCAGCCGGCCGCCCAGAUGUCGAUGCAAAGAUCACGACGGACGAGGCCGGCACUACGCUGUCUGCCGGGAGCCUCUCGGCCACCGUGAGCGGCAAGCCGCACGACUUCGCCAUCUCCUUCCACCCGACCGACAACAAGCAGAAGCCGCUGACCACUCUCCUCAACCGGUCCGUCGGGCUGGCCUACACGCCCGCGCCGAGCACGCCGAUGCAGCUGGCCGACAUGCGCGACUUCAAGCACUACAUCUUCACCCAAACAACCCUCGGUGUCGGCGAGUCCAUCCACGGCCUCGGGGAGCGUUUCGGCCCCUUCAACAAGGUCGGCCAGACGGUCAACCUGUGGAACGCAGACGGGGGCACGUCCUCGGACCAGGCGUACAAAAACAUCAGCUUCUGGAUGAGCUCGCGCGGCUAUGGCGUCUUCAUCGACACGCCCGAGCGCGUCGAGCUCGAGAUCGGAAGCGAGCGGUGCUGCCGCCUGCAGACGAGCAUCGAGGGUCAGAGGCUGCGCUGGUUCCUCAUCUAUGGCCCGUCUCCGCGCGAGAUCCUGCGCAAGUACUCGAUCCUCACCGGCGCGCCGGGCGCGGUGCCUGCCUGGUCGUUCGGCCUGUGGCUCAGCACGUCCUUCACCACGUCGUACGACGAGAAGACGGUCAACAGCUUCCUCGCCGGCAUGCAGGCGCGCGACAUCCCCGUCGAGGUCUUCCACUUCGACUGCUUCUGGCUCAAGGCGUUCCAGUGGUGCGACUUCGAGUUCGACCGCGACAUGUUCCCGGACCCCAAGGGCCAGAUCACGCGCCUCAAGGCCGACGGCAUCGUCAAGAAGGUCUGCGUCUGGACGAACCCCUACCUCGGCCAGGCAUCGCCCGUCUUCGCCGAGGCGGCGGCCAAGGGCUAUCUGCUGAAGCGCAAGAACGGCGACAUCUUCCAGUGGGACCUGUGGCAGACGGGCAUGGGCAUCGUCGACUUCACCAACCCGGAGGCGUGCGCCUGGUUCGUCAGCUGCCUCGAGCGGCUGUUCGACACGGGCGUCGACAGCAUCAAGACCGACUUUGGCGAGCGCAUCCCCUGGGAGGACGUGCAGUGGUUCGACACGACGGUCGACCCCCGGCGCAUGCACAACUACUACGCCUUCGUCUACAACAAGCUGGUCUACGAGGCGCUGCAGAGGCGCUACGGCGCCACCGAGGCCGUUCUGUUCGCGCGCACGGCCACGGCGGGCACGCAGCGCUUCCCGCUCACCUGGGGCGGCGACUGCGAGUCGACGCCCGAGGCCAUGGCCGAGUCGCUGCGCGGCGGGCUGUCGCUCGGCCUGAGCGGCUUCGCCUUCUGGAGCGUCGACAUCGGCGGUUUCGAGGGCCACCCGCCGCCGUGGAUCUACAAGCGCUGGGUGGCCUUCGGCCUGCUGUGCUCGCACUCGCGCCUGCACGGGUCCAACUCGUACCGCGUGCCCUGGACCGUCGACGACGACGACGCCUCCGACGAGGGCUGCUCGGCCACGCUGCGCACGUGGACCCACCUCAAGGCGCGCCUCAUGCCCUACCUCUUCUCGCAGGCGCAGCACUGCGUCCAGAACGGCCUGCCGCUCAGCCUGCGCGCCAUGUGCAUCGAGUUCCCCGACGACCCGACCGCCUGGACGCUGGACCGCCAGUUCAUGCUGGGCGACAGCGUGCUCGUGGCGCCGGUGUUUGAGGAGGACGGCACGGUGCAGUUCUACCUGCCGGCGGGCCAAUGGACCAGCUUCUUUACGGGCGAGGUCAGGAGCGGGCCCGGCUGGUUUACCGAGGUGCAUGGCUUCGGCACGCUCCCGCUCUACGUCCGCCCCAACACGCUGCUGGUGCUGGGCAGGGAGGGCGAGAAGCGGACGGUGUACGACUAUACGAGCGAUGUGGAGGUGAGGAGCUACUUCGCCGGAGAGGGCGCUAGGGCUGUGCUGGUUGAUAGCGACGGCAAGACGGUGGGCACGCUGGAGGUGAAGAACGGAGAGAUCACGGGGAAGGAGGCCUUGAAGGGCGAUUCUGUUGUUACUGUUGUAAGUGCGUAGUGUAGAGGCAGGGUAGUAGCGAUCACAUGCAUCAUGAAUCGUGCAUCACUCUGUCCUGGAUGUCUGUGAUGUGGGGCUCUGGCGGUUUCCCGACUUUCCGGGUCACGGAUCAUAUGUACUACACAUUCCUCUCCAUGGUCUGAGCCUGGUCCCAGUUAGCCAACACGUGAAAUCAAACUUGGUUGCCAUCAUCAAACACAAGUUCCACUCAUUCAGCCCGCCUGCCCAU